AUUCUGGGUUUAUGUCCUGGCUUGUCCAACCUCAGCAUUGUCACAGCUGGGAAGGAAUCCCGUGGCUGCAUCUCUCUCCCACGCAGCAUCUCCUAGGGAGAUGGCUUUAAACAACAGCCUCCUGAGAGAUCCUUCUUGGAAGGAAAAUAACCCAGUUUGGGAUUUUCCCUGAGCUUUUUUCAAUUUGAAGGGAACUGUUUUCCCUGGAUCUAAGUGCUGGCAAAUUUAAUUGGUGCUGGAUGUCUUAGAAAUGACCCUGAGGAUUUAUCAUGAGGAUAAAGCUGUUGGAAACGAUGCGGGGGAGCUGCUUCCGAGGGUGCAAGUGGGAAAGGAAGCACUGACCCUCUGAUGGGGCUUUUCAGAGGAUUCCAGGGAAGCAGCAACCUCACUGGAAAGUAAGAAAUUGUUGAAGUUUGGAUAAGAAACACAACAGAAGAGAUAAGCAGAGAGUGCAGCUUCAGUUGUGCUUUUUUGGGGUGAGCUGGGGUUGGGGAGAGGCAGAUCAUCCCCUGCUCCCUUCCAGGCAGAGCUGCUUCACCACCGCCACUGGGUCCCUUAUCUCCCCCCACAAGUCUUUUCAUUAUCUGCUUCAUUUCCCCUGCUGUGGAUGUGGCUUUUGUCUUAUCUCCAUGUGCUUUUCCUCCAUUUCCUCGUUGGCUUCUCUGCUAACUCUCGUCACAAAAGGAAAAAAAUAACAUGGAGGAGAUCCUGCUGCAACGAGUCCAUCCCUGGGCUUGGGGAUGCUGGGCCGUGCUGGGAAAUACGGGGGGAUGUUUGCCCAUGUUGGGAGGGUGCUGUGCCAGUGAUGCUCAGGUGGGUCUUGGGGCUUGCUUGGGUGAUUUACAGGAUGUUCAGGUGAUGCUGGGGGGUACUGGGUGAAGGUCCUGUGAUGCCCUUGGUACUCUAGUGAUGCUCAUGUGUCUCAGUGGGAUGCUUAGGAGAUGCUGGGCAGUGCUGGGGAGGUGCUGGGUGACGCCAGGUGAUACUGGGAGAAUACUUGGAAUGCUCCAGGAUGCAGGACUAUGGUGGGAUAGCCUGCCAGCUCCACCUGCUGGCAUUCACCACCUGUCACUGUGGACCAGACCCACCACACAGCAGCCCCAAAUCAGAAGACAUCCUAAGGGAGAGGAUGAACUGCUGCCUCAGAGGGAGAAAUCUCAAAUUACUUUAAAAGGAAGGCCAGCUCACCUCUCCUGUCGGGACACCUGCAGCAAGGUAUAAAUGGCCUCAAAACAGUUCUUGGACUCUGUGGACCCCGUGAUUUUCAGCAAGCGACCUCGGCUGGAGACAGAGGCCACCACCAGCUUUCCGUCCAGCAAAAUCCGAAGCAAAUCCAGCCCUGUGCCCAGCCCUGGUUCCGAAAACCAUUUCAACUACAAAGGCUCCUACUUCGCCUGCCCACUGCAGAGCUCCAAGGGUCCUGAGCAGCCCCUGGCCCGCUGGAGCCCAGCGCCCACCUACCUACACUACGACCCUGGUGCCAUGAGCCAGCCAGCGCCUGCCGAGGGGUCUCUGGUGGGCUUCCUGCUGUACCCAUCGGAGAGCCUGGGCGCCCAGAAGGGCAAGGACAGCCUGAUGCAGGAGCAGCUGAUGGCUAGGAAAAAGCUGGACAGCCCAAGAUGCCCCUUACCAGUGAAGAAGCCGGUGGCGGUGAACAAGGCGGCCCCACUCGCAGUCCCUAAGCCGGUGUAUGGAGCCCCUGCCCGCUUCCUGGCCCCCAGGAUGGCUCUGCCGCUGGGAACACGAGUGGAGAGCCUGCAGCAGACACCAAGGGAGGCAAACUGGGCUCUGCCCCCUGCCACCCACCCUCUCCACCUCGGCGAGCCCCACAGGAGGGGUCCCUGCUCUGACCCCAGCAUCCCACCGCUGCCCUCCAGCCUGGGGCUGCCCACCAAGGAGCAGUUGGGCUCCCCCGCUGCCUUAUCCCACUACUAUGUCACCUUUGAUAAAUACAGGCCCCCCCCAAGCACCCUGGUCUUGGAAGCAAGCUGUCCCACUGCCCACAGCCAGAAUAAGGUGCCAGAGGUCCCCAGCCUCAUCCCGGACUCCUGUCCCAAGCUCCAGCUGCCUGAUGCUGGCCUGACAAACCCGGAGAGGCCAGAAAUGUGCUACCUACCUCCCCCCUACCCACUGUCUCCUCACAGAGCUGCUCCCCUCUACCACUCUCCGGCUCCCCCUGCGGGGGAGGCCAGUGCCCUGCCCAGCUCCAGCUUUGUGGAAAGCAGGAAGCCCUUUCCUGGCUCUUACCUCAGACCCCAAGCCCCAGGGAGCUACUUUCCCAGCCCCUUGGACCCCUACGUGCUGAGGACCGCGGGUGCUGGUCCCUCCAAGCCGGUGGUGGUGCUGAGGGAUGCUGAGCUGCCAAGGGAUGUCCAGCUGCCCGGGUACCCUGGUUUUACCUUCAACUCUGGCGAUGAAUCCGUGUUCCACACCUCCUUUGCCACCCCAGAGCCGGGAUGUGAGCAGCACGAGGCGGAAAGUCCACGGUGGCGAGCGGCAUCAAGGCACAGCAGCGCUUUCCAACCUGUCUGCACCCCUGAGAAGCUCUCCAGGGGCUCCAGUGGGCUCACGGAGACAUUUCCCAAAAGAGAAGGGAGCUGGGAGAAACCCAGGCAAGGGGAGCAGGAGCCCCCAUACCAGGGGAGGAGGAACACCAGCCCAGCCCCACAGGACACCCCGUGUGGGGGACCAGUGUCUCCUGUCAUCACAGGGAAAGGAAAUGACUGCAAGGUCAAGGAUCCAACCAAGGAGCUUGCCCCACCUUCUUCAUCCAUGACCCCCCCAAAGGGGGUGGAAGACCUGAGGGACACCAGAGUUUUUUCUUCCUCUCCACCGAUGCCAGUGAUACACAAUGUCUUCAGCCUGGCACCUUACCAGGAGUACCUGGAGAGGGCCAAGGGCUCAGCCCAUGUCCUCUUCUGCAAGGACCAUCUGUGGGGGGACCCCCCACCUCAAGACAAGAGCCCCAGCCAGGAGCCUGCUUCCCUCAGAGAUACCUUGGUGGUGUCCAGCCUGAGGUCGGACAGCAGUGUGGUGCAGAGCCAAGGGGAAAGAUGUCACAAGAGGGCCCCCAAAAAGCCAAAGCCUGUGUCCCAAGAGCUGAGGUCUCAGGAGGGCAGCCCCAGUGGGGUGGGUGCUGGGGAACUGCUCAGUGAGGAUAUGGUGCUGGACCUCAGCUUGAAGAAGAGACCAGUGGAAGCCAUGGAGACCCAGGGACUCAGUGGCUGUGUGGAGGGGACGCUGGACCAGGACGAUGUGGAGGAGGAGGAGAAAGAGGCUACUGAGGGCAAGAUGGGAAUGGGAGAGGGGGCCCAGCCCCAGCUGCUUGAGGUGGGCUCUGGGGACAGGAGCAACUUCCAGAGCUCAGCCACCUUCAUGUUCAAAAAAUACAAGCUCCUGCACUCCCUCACGCCCAGCACAGAGCCCCCCCAGCAGGAUGGCAGCCCCCAAGCCCCCCAGCCCAGCCCACCCAGCAGCACCCCCACACCGAACCCACCAGCCUCCUCACCAUCCAGCAGCCCCCCAGUCCCACCACCUGGCCCCCAGCCCAGCACCAUCUCAGGCCCAAACCCUCCCCAGCCUCCACUUCCCAAAACCCCCUUCACCCCAGCGGAGGAGGGGAUCUCACUGGCCAGGAAGUUUGUCAGUCCCCCACCAGACACCCCCUCUGGGCAGUACUUUGCCACCCUGCACACCUGGCUCUGUGACACGAUUUCUGGGUCAGUGUCACAGUCAUCCCCAGAGCUCCUGCAGCAGUGGCUGAAGAAGGCAGAGCUGGCAGAAGAGCUGGGAGAGAUGCCCAAAUCCCUGCCCAAGUCCAAGAACAACUCCAAGGCUCCCGCUCCUCAGAAGCCCAUGAAAGGCAAGGAGAUCUGGCUGGCUUUCCAGGACGUGGCCACGCUCCUUGCCAACCUGCUCUCCCAACUGGAGACCUUCAUGUUCGCUUGCCCUUUCCCCCACGUCGUCCGGGCAGGAGCCAUCUUCAUCCCCAUCCACGUGGUGAAGGAGAAGCUCUUCCCGAAGCUCCCUGGGACCUCCGUUGACCUAGUGCUGCAGAAGCACAAGGUGGAGCUGCGUCCCACCACGCUCUCAGAGGAGAGGCACCUGAGGGACCUGGAGCUGAAGAGCUGCACCUCCCGCAUGCUGAAGCUCCUGGCACUCAGGCAGCUCCCUGAAAUCUAUCCAGACCUGCUCAACCUCCACUGGCACAAUGCCAUCCGGCAGCAGCUCGGUAGGUAGCCCGG